GCCCUAAAGUUCAAAGUUCAUUGAUCAAGAAGAUGAUCCACGCCUUGAAGAUGAUCGUGUGCACGCAUGCGGACCUCACCCAUGAUAUCAUAUCAAAUCAGCUUGACCCAACAAGAGAUGGAUCCCUGCCGUGUUGCAGUGAUAUUAGCUGGACUGGCAGCUCUGGCACACGGACUAGCUCCAGGGGAAGUGUCCACUGUAGCCGGAGGGGGGAGGCCUCACCAGGGAGACUAUAAAAGCAUUGGAACUUCAACCAAGAAUGACUGUGAGAAAGAGGCACGGUCCAUGGAUGGCUUCUUCCUGGAUGCUCGCUUGAACUACCCAUGGGGACUAGUCUUUGACAAGUCCGAUAACUCCAUCUAUGUGGCUGACUGUGUAUGUAACAAACUUUAUAUUCAAUUUAGAAAUCUGCAAAUUCAUCACUGGACUCUUACAUGACUUAGACCCGUCCAG